CGCAACGUAGGGGGCGGGAUUUAACGUUUGAACAUAUUGCGGGGAGAACGAGAACGUCGAUGGCUAAAGCGUAGUUUGUGUUAGUAUGCGAGUAUUUGUUAGUCGACACCAGUGGUUUAAAAUGACAGUACAUCGGGAAGAUUAGCAAUGUUUGGCGUUAUUGCGAAAGGCUUCGCAGUCACGUAACAUAUUUAUUUGGAGGAUCCCUGUUAUAUAAAGAUGCCUAUUCGAGCUUACUGCACUAUUUGCUCCGAUUUCUUCGAUCACUCCAGAGACGUUGCAGCUAUUCACUGCGGACACACUUUCCAUUAUGAAUGUCUUCUUCAGUGGUUUCAGACAGCUCCCACAAAAACAUGUCCACAAUGCAGAAAACAGGUCAGCACCAGACACAUUAUCAGUAAGCUGUUUUUCGACAUUGGUGGAGAGGAGGAAAACAAGGCAGACCCAGAAAGCUUACAGAAUGAGCUUGACCGAAUGAAGGUCCACCUAAGCUCUAAAGAGCGAGACUGGCGGGACAAACAGAAGAUGAUUGACAGUUUAAAGGACACUGUGGACAAGCAAAAGAGGGACCUAGAUGGUAUACGGAAAGAGGUCAAAGAGAAGGAGAUGCUGUGCUCGGCUCUCAGAAAACAGAUGACUUACCUUGAGACCCAACAGAAUGAUGUUCAGGCUGCCAAGGAUGAGGUCCGUAGGCUUAAAACCAAAAUGAAAACUUUUGAGAGCCUGGACGUGUUGUUACAGGGUCAAAGAGCAGAAGUGGAGUCCAUGAUCACAGAUAUGGGUGUCAGCCAGGCUGCUGUGGAGCAGCUCUCCAUCUAUUGCAUUUCACUCAAAAAAGAGUAUGAUAAUCUUAAAGGAAGCAUCAAAUCUUCAAAUGACAUGUGUGAGAAGUUGAAGAGAGAAGUGCUGUUCUCAAACAACAAGUUACAAAAAGCCACCACAGAUGUAAAUCGGACCAAAGAGGAGAUGAAGUCUCUUCAGAAUGAACUGAUCAAUGCUGACAAAGAAAUAACUAGUCUGAAAAAGAAAGUGGAGUUACUUCAGAAGACUCUGAGCACACCAACACGGACGAAUGAAGCGCUCAGUCGGAUCAUCUUUGAAAGCCCAGCCCCUAUGGAGUUGAAGCAGCCUCGCCUGCAUCACCCUGCGGAAACUGAGGACAUUGACCUCAACAUUACUUAUGACGUCACUACGCCAGAUGACAUGGUCAAAAGAACAACACAAGUUCCAUCUAAGAAGAUGCGUCUUGACCAUCCAGGAACAUCCCCAUUCAAGCAUAAUGAUAAAAGUUCAUUUUUAACCAAGGCCCGAGAUGAAGGUGGCACUAUGGAUCCAUUUUUGAGAAACUCCCUCCUUUUUAGAAAGAAGACUUUUGGUAGUAUGUUGGACCCCCAGAGAAAGCCUGGAGCUGUUAGAACUGGUUAUGAUGGAUUAGGAGGACGAACAAAAUUCAUCCAGCCUUCUCCUUUGUCUGAACUUCGCCCAUUGGUGAAAGUCAAAAGGAAAAAGGUGAGCAGGCCUCCAUCCAAGAUUGCAACAUGCCUGACUCUGGACAGCUUCCUCGAGUAAAUUUCAUCAACUCCUUCCCACAAUAUGAAUUUCAAGAUCAGGAUGCUGUAUGUGUAUUGGCCUGUUGGGGCUGGUCUAGGCAUCAUAGAACCAUCGUUUAUUGGUUCUGCCACUCAGUCAAACUGAACUCUGAACUGAACGAUUGAAGCAAACGCUCUGAUUUUGAAGUCUGUCGACCUGAUGUACAUUUUUGUCAUUUUUUGUGUGUUGUGUAGCUGUUAUCUGUGUAUAUGGCGUCUGUCUGCCACAGACUUUGCCUUCGUACUACAGCAGUUUGUAUGUGCGAAUUUUCCUAUAUCAUUGUCACUGAUGUGUGAUACAUCUGUGUUGAUGACUGAAAAAUAGUAGCUUAUUUUGAACAUGUACAUAUGCUGUAGGUUUUUUUUUAAAGAUGUAAUGGUCCUGCUGGGCUUACAACCAACUCUCAAAUAAUAAACAAUUUUUUUUUUAUUUGGAAACGCG